CCGUGCCGAGCCGUGCCGGGGGCUUCUCCGUGCCCCCGCAGCGGGAUGGAGGCGGCGGGCGGGGGGCGCGCCCGCUCCGAGGCUGCGGCGGUGGCGCUGGGGCCGGGGGUCGCGGCCCGGCCGUUUGCGGGGCGCGGGGCCGGGGCCGGGGCCGUUUUGUCAUCGCCGGGGCUUGCCGGGGGGGGGUCGGGGGGGGGGGGCGGCGGGGGGCUGGCAGCGGCUAUAAAGGCAGCGCUCCCCCGAGCAGCCGCCGCUUGCCCGGCACCAUGAGCGCUGCCCUGCCCUGGCGGCCCGGGGCAUGCCCCCCACCCGCGGCUGGGGUGGUGUGAGCCCCCCCGCCCCGCUCCGCGCCGCUCUCCUCCCGGUUUUCCUUUCCCUUCCUUUCCCUUCCCUCCUUCCCUUCCUUUUUUUCCACCGCCGGGGCGGGAGGCGAGCCCGGCAGCCGCUCGGAUGCUCUGAGAUUUCUCGCCCGCCCUCAACCCCGGCUGCCCAGAUGCAGUGGAUAACCCUCAUGGUGCUGCUAUUCAUCAGCUCCGUGGAAAUGCUCGCGCAGAACCGCUGGAAGAAGCAAGUGAGCGCCGGCCUCUUUGAGAACUGCACGGGCUGCGUCCUGUGCUCGGAGGACAACGGCUGCAUCACCUGCCACCACCGGCUCUUCCUGCUCAUCUGGAGGGACGGCAUCCGCCAGUACGGGAUGUGCGUCCACACCUGCCCCCCCGGCUACUUCGGCGUGAGGGGUCUGGAGGUCAACAGAUGCACAAAGUGCAGGUCGCCCAGCUGCGAGAGCUGCUUCAGCAAAGACUUCUGCAUGAAGUGCAAGGAGAAGUUUUACCUGCACAAGGGUCAGUGCUUCCGGCAGUGCCCGCCCGGCACCGCGGCGCAGCCCGGCACCCGCGAGUGCCAAGAGACGUGCGAGCCGGGGCCCUGGAGCGAGUGGAGCGCCUGCACCCACGAGGGCCGGACCUGCGGCUGCAAGUGGGGCUUGGAGACGCGGGUGCGCGAGGUCCUGGGCACCCCGCGAGAGGAGGGGCUUCAGUGCCCCGCGCUGCUGGAGACCCGAAAGUGCCGCCUGAGGAAGCACUGCCCGGGAGAAAGACAGAUUGCAUGAGAUACCGAUCUGUGGGCCUUGGAAGGAGAUCUGAGCCCCCGGCCUCGGCGCUGGACAGCUUUGCG